CAUUGCACAUCUUACAAAUUACGUCCACAGUUUCAGAGUGCUAAACGACAGAGCCACGUCGAAGCCCGAUGACGCCCAUGGUGUCCGAGUUUGCAGAAGUAACGCCACGGGCGUGUCGGUUCCAAAGGUCUGCAGGACGGAUCUGAGGGCCGCAGCUGUUGGAAGACAGAGUCCAGGGAGUGGCAGUAGCAGCCAAGGUAAAAGAUGCCCGGGAGCAGGAGCUGAGGGGAGCAGCAGGAAAUGGAAUUCGGUGGAUGCCAACCAGAAGAGGGCAGGGAUGGCAUCGGACUGGAGCAAUACAUUGGGAGAAGAGAAGUUUAUGCCAAAGGUCGAUUUUUGCCCCACAACCCCUCCUCCAGGUCGACCCUCUAGUCAAGACUCCCAGAAGCGCUCGUUUGAGGACGGCAUUACCAGCCCUGGGAUCCCAUCAGCUAAGAAACUGUGCACCGUGGAGAGCAUCGUGGAAGUAGGAAGAGAUGAAACUCCCAAAUAUUCUAGCAAGCCAUCAGCUUACACUUGGCCUCAAGUGCUUAGAGAUCAGCCUAAGACAAUUCUGAGUGGCCCUGGGGAGCUGAGAAACAGGACUAGCGCUCUGGGUGUGGUGGCUUCAGCUAGGCAGCUGCAGAAUGCACAAGAAGCAACAAAAGAUGGGACGAUUGCACAAACAUACAGAGCUGGAGAGCGCAGUAAUGGGAGCAGAAUUGUAAGAGACAGGUUUGGAAUGCCGGGACACUCUGCCGGUUUGUUGAAAUUCACUAAAGGACAGAAACCGAUUUCUGAAUUGCUAGGACACAACUUCAAAAGUCAGGGAAUGAAGAGAGAUGGAAUGAGCUUUCCAAAACAGGAAUCCACUGGAGAGCUGAGAACUGUAUCCCAUCAUCUUAAAGAGCAGUCCAGAGCAACAAAAGAAAGACACGGGUUACCUUGGGAUGACGUGCCAGUGAUGGGGAAUGUCUCCAGCAUGGUGGUAACUGAGAAGCCUAGAGCUUUAGGGCUCGGUGCUUCUAGAGCACCUGUUGAUGGAACAGCAGAAAGUCUGAGGAACGCACACAAGUAUUUGACUCCGCUGAAAAGAGAGCCACAGCAGACAAGCAGGGAGUCCAGAGAAAGGCAGUGUUUGGGGAGAGGCAGAGUGCCAGUAGAGGAGCAGUUGAGCCCUUCUGCCCCACUUCUGGGUCCCAGCAGUCUGGAACAGCUGAACAGGAUGUUAUCCAGGGCGGGCUGGGAUUUGCCGGGCUCUGCCGAUAGGGCUUUGCAAAAAGCAAAAUCUCCAUCAGUCAGUUAUAGGGCCUCGAUGCAUGAGGUGAGACGUUCUGGGGACAGAACCCCAGAACAAGUAGAGUCUCUGUUCUUGGGGGACAGGUCCCCUCACCAAGCAGAACAUCUGUUUUCUGGAGGCCAUGCCUCUGAAGAUAGGACCCAAAGGCAGGUAGAAUCAGAGCUGUUUGGGGACAGCGCCCCAGGGAACAGGCUCUUAUUACCGGGAGCUCACAGCCCCAUGGGGAGGGCUCGACAGCAGCCCGUGAGACUCCACCUCUCGUCAGGGUCAGGCCUCCGGAUCAGAGUGGCUCAAGGGGCGGAGCUGGAGAUGGUCAUGCCAGACGGGGCCGAGCUUACCAUUGACUUUUCUGCGGCUCAGAACAGUGCUACCAAUGAAACGGGCAGGAGCCAGGGAGGGAGGGCCUACAAAGAAGAUGCUGGGGAAGGGCCAGGAUGGGUGAACUGACAUCAGAGAGUACUGUUAACUGGGGACAAGAGCUUUGUGCAUCUGAGAGGGGAGGGCUGCUCCACAAGCACAACACCAGCACAAAGCCAUUGUUUUGGUUUUUUUUAUUCUGUGUUUUUCUAUGAGGAUGUAACAUUUUGCAAGAAACUCUUCUGAAUCGGAUAUUUUCAUCACACUAUAAAGCAGCUACCUCCUUCGACGUGCCCCUACUCAUUCGUAACCCUGUUGGGCAGUACACAUUUCACUCUGUGUGCCCAGAGUGUAUUGUUGUGUCUUGCAUGUUUUAUAAUCUUGUUAUGGUGUACAAUGUGGAGUGAAACUAAGUGAUGCCAGGAAAGCUUGAAUGGGAAGCCAGUCUCAAACUUGACAUCACUGUAGACAAAGCCGAGCUAUUCUAUAAGACAGUGUCACAGGAAAAGAAGGUCACUUGAAUGGUGGGUAGAACGUUUUCCAGACUUGUAAAAACAUUUUAAACAUCUUGUAUCAAAAUAAAGUGCUUACUCAUUAUCAACAAUGAUGAAAAACUAGAGAAGGCUAAUAUUUAAUUAAACAGUUAAGUGGAAUUCAAAGUAAUGACCAGCAGAUUUGUAAGAGUACGCUGCAUGUCUGCUUUGACAAGCACACAAUUCCAGUGUCUAAAGGAAGUAUUCACCCCUAUUGGGUGUUUUCACAGUUUGUUGUGUUACAACCUGACAUCUUGAUGCAUUUAAAUGGG